CUACACUACACUACUGACACUGACAGUGAUUGCCAAAUAAAAUCGUCUUUGUUUAUUUCCUUCCUCAGUUGUGCUUCUAAUCUUCUAAAUAAAAUAAUAAAUAUGGAAGAAUUCUCUUCGUUAGAGGAACUUGACGACUUUAUAAGGAACUACGAGUACUCGAACUGUGUCCAAUUAUGGAAAAGGACCGCCAAGACAAUAGAAGGAAUGAAAACCGUGUGCCCAAUAAAGUGUGAGAACUCUAAGCCAGAACUUAAAUAUUACCAGAUGACUUAUGCAUGUAAAAAGGGAGGCCGGGCUUUUAAAACAAAAGGCCGGGGGAUACGGCAAAGUUAUACAUAUAGGGAUAACUGUCCCAUGUUUAUUAAGUUGGCGUUGAGCGACGAUGGCACAAAACUCAAAAUUGUUGAAAAGAUGGAAAACCAUAACCAUCCUAUAAAUAGAGAACUUUUUGAAAGUAUGACGAAACAACGUCAAAUGAGAUUGAAGACUGAAGACAAAAAGGAAGCAAUUGAAAUGUUAAAUAUAAAUUGCAAUAUAAAACUUGUCCAGGCCUAUCUACAAGAAAAAACGGGAAAACCAAUAAAGACAAGUGAUCUGAAGAACUUGCAAUCUGGUUCCAGGUGCUUACAAACUGAUAUCCGGAAUGUGAUCAAUCUUUUAACACAAGAUGAUGGAAUUGGUCAAAUAGCAGUAAAUGAAAAUGGAGAUCUGCUGGGAAUCUAUCAUCAAACCCCAUACAUGAGAAAGUGUUUUGCUACAUAUGCAGAAUUUUUAGUGUUUGAUGCCAUUUACAAACUUAAGAACCUGGAUAUGUCAUUAUAUAUCUUGAUGUCCAUUAACGGCAAUGAUGAAGGAGAAGUUAUAGCAGUAUUCUUACUGUCGGAUGAAUCCAGUGAUGUCAUCAGACACAUGAUGAAAACUUUUAAGGAAAUAAAUCCUGAUUGGAAAAAUAUAAAAUUUCUAAUGACAGACAAAGAUUUUGGAGAGAAGACAGUUUUAUGUGACGAAUUUCCCGAAGCGUCUCAUCAGUUAUGUUUAUAUCAUGUAUUAAAACAUUUCCGCACUGCUAUCACAACUGAAUCAAUGCAAAUUAAUGCUUUGCAACGAAAACAGAUUUUGGAGAUAUUGCAAAAAAUAAAAUAUUCAAAAUCUGAAGCAGAAUAUGAUGAAUAUUACAAACUACUUAUGGACUUGAACAUUCCUAAAUUAACACAGUACUACAAACAGAACUGGCACAGCAACAGACACGAGUGGGUUAAAUGUUUCAAAAGGCAAUAUACCUUAUUUAACAAUCAUUUAGAAUCCUGCCACCAAAAAAUUAAAGAGUUAUGUGAAAAAAAUUCAAACAUACAAUCAUUUUUUGAAAAUUUUUUAGUGUUUUUAAAUAGUCUCAAACUCAAACGUCGGCAAACUGUUCAUCACAUGCUUUUAAAGAAAAAGAAUACCUCUUUUGAACAGGAUUCACCCGAACAUUUAUAUCUGCAACUAGUGACACCAUUUGCAUUCAAUUUGAUAAGAGAACAUAUGAAUAACGUAAAUGAUUAUGAUGUCUUAAGCGAAAAUGCUACACAAUUUCAAGUUCAAAACAAGAACUGUGAUGAAAAUGUAAAUACAGUAGAACUAGAAGAUGGAAAUGUAAAAUGCUGUUGUCCAUUCAACACAACAACCACAUUACCAUGUUCACAUGUAUUUUCUGUAUUAAAAACGAUGAAAACAAAUAUUUAUGAUGAAAGUCUGAUACCAGAACGGUUUUUGAGAGCAACUUAUGUAAACUGUUAUACAGAUGAAGGCAAACCUCAAACUUCUGUAUGUGACCUGAAAUUACUCACAAAAGAGCAAUGUUUGGGUACUCAUCAAAAAUACAGAAAAGCUAUUUUAAAAUGCCAAAAAAUUGCUUCAAUAAUUUCGCACCUCAAUAUGGAGGAAUUUGAAAAUUAUUGCGAUGAACUGGACACUAUUGUAAAUCUCUGGAGUGAAAGAAAAAAGACAGUGAUUGUAGAGCUAGCGGACUAUGAAUCGGAAAGUGCAACACAAAGAGAAGAUCUUAUGCAACAUCAGAGUGUAACACAGGUAGAGGAAGCAAAACCGCUUAUAGAAGCACUAGUGCAAAAUAACAUUCAAUUGCAAGACCAUGUAAUAGAGGAGGACCCUCUGAAAAUUGACAUAAGUUUACCAACAAUAGGAAAACGGAGGCAGCGUGCCAAGAGGAGUGAUCUUACAGUCAAGCGUAAAAAAACAUAAAUACUUACCUCAAUCUCUCAAUGGGAAAUUUUCUGACAGCUCAUUAAAAAAAACUAUAUAAUAAUAUAAUAAUAUGGUGUUCGUAUACCUUGUUUCACGGGGAAAGAGAUCUGACAGGACCCUUAUUACAUUCGAAUAAGGGUAGUUUUUGUUUGUAUCAGAUGUCUUUCCCCGUGAAAUGGGUACAAUUAUUUUUAUUGGUUUCAAUAAAUGGACUAGCUCUCUUAUGAACGUACUAUGAACGCCAUCUUUAAUUUAGUUUAUUUAAUGUGCUGUCGAAAAAUGACUAUGGCCCAUAAUGCUCAUUACGGUGAAGGAAAUUACCAUAAGGAAACCUGCACAUCUAGAUUAUAGAUAUAAUUUCUUUCUGGUACUUUACUUUAGGUACUGAUUAUUAAUUUAUAAAAAAAUAUUAUAUUUAGUUAAGUACCUACUCAUACAAAGUGUUCUUUAAUUUGGGUUCUAAUGUGAUUUUACUAAGGCUGAUUAAGUACCUAGUGAUUGAUUUACUUAUGUAAUUAUUAUAGCUGUAGUGCCAAAAAAAUAUUGCCAGAUGAAAUGGUUUUUUAAUUUA